AUGUCGCAUCUGGAUAUCGCAUCUGGCUGCAGGCGGUCGCUGUCCAUCACGGUCAACUACUGCACAUCUCCCGCAGGCAACAAGAACCUCGCGCGAGAGCUCUUCAUUUUCCAAUGCGACCUGAAAUCUUUGGUCCCAAUCAGCGAUAUCAAGACACAAAAGGUUCUUUUGGGGGCAUUGAAGAAGGAGGUGGAGGGGCGAGAACGCGCACAAGAGGUCGCGAGAAAAUGUGUAUUGCGCGAGAUCGAAGAACGCCAGCUUGGCCUAGCGGCGACGUCCGUCGUCUCGACGUUCUCUAGCAAAGCGCAAUCUGCGGAAGUACGAGAAACAAGACGCAAGUCUGACUUCGACCCGAGGCUGAGGAGGCCACCCUCCAGCAGAUCGAGCGCGAGCAAUUCGAGGCUCUGA